AUGCUAAUAGUCAAGAUUGGUUUUCUAGAUCCAAGCAUUUUAAUGACAGCUGGCAUUUCUAAACUGCCUGUUCACGAUGAUCACCAAGGGUAUCCAAGUCAGUUGAAGAAGAUGCGUAUGUCUGGUAUGAGGGGUCUUGAGAGCAAUCAUGGUUUUGCCAGCUUUGAAGAGAACAGUAAUUAUUUCCUUAAAAUCUAUCUUUUCACCCCUCCAGCAGGGGCAAAUUACCCUUUAUUUCCACACCAGGAUGUUGUGCCUUUAACAGAUCUCUGCUCAGGUUUUGUGAGUCCAGCAGCAGGAGCUGAACAGCAGCCCAGUGUUGGAAGAGCUAUUGAAUCCCUGGCAGGCUACAGCGAUAGGGAACCUCACCAGCGUCCCCAUCACAGCCUGACCACAGAGACCUCCUGGAGGAAACCAGCCAGGACAGAAGGGGGAAGUCCAGGAGCUUACAAAGAUGUUCCUUGGGAGUUUUCUUCCAAAAUACAACCUCCAAAAUAAACAGGGGAGAUGUUGGAUGAUCCUGUUUCCCAGUAUUUCACAAAAAGAAGAUACAAUUGCCGACCUAAAAUAAGCCAAGUCAGUGAACAAUUUCUAACUGUUUUUAGAAUUUUGGAGCAUGCAGUGUAUGGUUCAGCUGCCUCCACCAGCUGUCUUAUGAAUAAUGUACAUAUCUUCGAUUUACUUUCUAUCUGCUGUGUUGGUGCAGUAAAUUUUGAAGGCAUUGCUGGUGUAGUCUUAGUCCUACUUAUCCAUGUUCAAACUUUGAAACCUCACUACAAAAGCACUGAACACACUCCAAAUAUUCCUGGAUACACUGGCAAGGUUCAUUGGUCAGCAACUCACCCAGCAAAUUCUAAUCUUCCAUCAACAGCCCCAUCAGUAAUUGCAGGAAUGCAUUAG